UAAAUCUCAGAUAACAUUAUAAACAUUAGCAAUAAUUCACUAGUUGAAUAUUUUAGUACUUUCAUUGGAACUUCGAGUAGUUUCAAUAAAACAAUUCAUCAAUCACUCGUGAAUCCAGUUGAUAGAUAAAAAGAUAGAUAAAUAAAUUAUUUAAACAUAUAAUAAAUACUUAUAAACAAGCAAUCAAUCGAUAACAAAAAAUUUAUAUCCAACGUAAUUCAUUGUGCAUGAGUGCCUGGAUUUUAUUGAGUGUAUGAUAAGCCACGUGCUUUAAAAAUAUAAUCUUUAAACUAUCAUUACCACUCUCAGUUCUUACACUCAACUCAUCACGUUAACUCUUGUUGAUGUAAAUAUUUUUUUUGUGAAGCUAUCUAAUGCGUAAAUACAUAAGAAAAAUUAUUAAUUUGAAUUAAUUCAUUAAGUUAAAAUGCAGCUUAAAAAUAAUCAUUUGAAAAAACCUAAAAAUACUUUGAAAGAUAAUUUUUUACCACCUGAUGGAGGGUGGGGUUGGGUAAUUAUUUUUGCAUCUGGAUUUUCUAAUUUUUGUUUAUUGGCAUUAGUACAAUCAUUCGGUUUAUUAUUUCGGGAUCGAUUGAAACAACUUGGAAUAACUUCUUCAGAAACUACAGUAAUCUUAAAUGUUAACCUGGCCAUGAUUGCUCUGAUAGGUUUAGCAAAUGGCCCAAUAUUUAGAAAAUACACAUUUAGAAAAGUAUCAAUAAUUGGCGCACUAGUAACUUCAAUAUCAAUAGCAAUUCUAUCAACCAUUACAUCUUUCACGGGAAUUCUUAUCUCUUUUGGUAUUCUCUACGCUGGCGGAUUAGGAAUAACAAUGUCAGCAAACGCUCUUGCGUUAAACACAUACUUUAAAGCUAAAAGAAAAAUAGCAGUUGGUUUUACUUGGACUUGUACUGGAUUAGGACCAAUAGUAAUGCCUCAACUGAUCACGGCUUUGAUGCCAAUGUUUGGAGUUCCCGGAACUUUGCUUAUUCUAAGCGGAAUUUGCAUGAAUGCAGUUGCAUGCGCGUUACUUCUGCAACCAGUCAUGUGGCAUGCAAAAAAAGUCACCAAGGAACCGGAAGAAAAAGAGCUGCUGGAAGAUAAGGCUAAGAACAAAAUUUUGGAAAGAAAAAUUAGUAAAUUUGGAAGCCAGUUUCUUUACUAUGAUGAUGAAGCUCAAGGAAUUGACGUUGUUGAUCCUGGAACGCCGAUGAUGUCGCGUUCUAAUGACGGAUGGUUUUCGAAGAAACAAACUUCUGUAACUUCUUUGUCGAAUAGAAAUCACGAUGAAAAUUCAAGGCCGAUGAGAGUUUCUGUGAUUUCUAGUAAGAAUUCUAGUGUUUUGACGCUGAACAAUGAGAAUAUCAAAAACAAUAACAGCGAAAACGACUCGAACAAAUAUAAAUUCACUGAACAACCAAUUCCAUUAAUAAUAGUAACAGAAAUGAUCAAUGGGAUGAAUGUAGAAAAAGAAGUAGAAGUGCUGCAGCCAAUAUGCGAAAUGGAUCCAUCGGAGGGAAAAUCUUGCUUAAAAAAUUUUCUUCACUCUGUCAUAGUAUUCUUCGACUUUGACCUCCUUCGGGACCACGUUUUCCUCAACAUAAUCCUGGGAAUAAGCUUAGCGAACUUCGUUGAGAUGAACUUCGCCAUGUUGACGCCCUUUAUUUUGGCAGAUUACGGGCUCAGUAAGCCCCAAGUUGCUACAGUGAUGUCAGUGUUGGGUGGAAUUGACGUUGUAGCAAGAUUUUUUGUUCCUUUUGUGACUGAAAUUAUAAAAUUGAGCAAUAGGACGUUUUUCUUGAUUGGUAUCGCUUGUAUGGCUGCUGGACGAAUAAUUUUAGCUCACGUAACCUCUUACGAAGUGAUUCUAAGCAUCGGAGUGCUUAUAGGCUUCGGAAAAGCGCUGAGAACAAUUUUUAUGGCGCUAGUUGUCCCGGAACAUGUUCCUUUGGAAAGAUUACCAGCGGCUUCAGGACUUCAGCUGAUCAUUAGUGGCCUACUAUCACUAAUCUUGGGCCCAAUUAUUGGCCUGCUCAAGGACAUUCUGGGAAAUUAUUCAUCUUUACUUCAUAUUAUUAAUAUUAUAAGCUAUCUAACAAUUUUUGCGUGGAUCGCCGAAAUGCUUUUUCGGAAAUUUAAUUUUAAGUGUUAGAGAUAAGCAGCAGAUAAAGUUGUUAUUGCUGUUAAAUUAAAUUAAUAAACAAACAAAUAAAA